AUGGCAAAAGGGUCAAAAAAAGGAAAUGGUGGGAAAAAGAAGAAUCAAAGUUCGAAAACUCAGAAGAAUAAGAGGAAACCUCAGAGUGGCGAUGCUCGGAAAAUGAAGAAUGUGAAUGAAAUUAAUGAUGUUGCAGCCCUCAGCUGGACAUCGGAGGAGGAAAAUGACCUUGAAUCUCAUAACUCGGUGGAUAUGGAGGCUUCAAAUAUGGAUAGAGCGAAUUUUGAAGCAGCAAGAGACCAUGUAGCAAGCUGGGUUACAUCGAUACGUACUCCGUUACGUCAAUCUGUUCCUCAACUGGUAAAACCAUCCCCGCAUCCAAUGCAACAGUUGCAGAGUAAUCCAGGUAAUACGAACUGGAGAACCUCUUUGUUUGAGAGUAUUCAGGAGGAAGGAAUUGAUUUAAGCAAUGCUGGUAAUGUGAACAAUGUUGUUGAGCGGAAUAUGAGGGUUGAGGAUGAUAACAGAUUUGCACCUAUUGCUGAGACACACAAUGUUAAUCCAAAUGUUAUUAAAAUCACUGAUGAAGAUGUUAAAUCAGAGAUUGAUUUCUGGAAUAAUGCUGUUGUUUGUUAUGUGUUAGGCAUUAAAUUGCCUUUCAGGAUUGUUGACGGAUUUAUUCGUCGUAUAUGGGGUAAGUUUGGAGUUGAGAGGGUAGUCAUGAAGGUGAAUGGGGUGUUUAUAGUCCGAUUUAGAACAGGGGAGGGGAAACAAAAGGCGAUGGAUGCAGGGCCGAUAUUGUAUGAUAAAAAACCUGUCAUUGUUAAGAACUGGUCUCCGGAAUUAGAUUUGUCUAAGGACAUGGUUCAUGUGGUGCCUACCUGGAUACAACUUCCGGGGUUGAAUUUGAAGUAUUGGGGCCCUAGAGCUCUGAAUAAGAUAGUUGGAGGGAUUGGGAAGCCCAUUAGAACGGAUAGAGCAACAGCUCAGAAAGACUCAAUAGAAUUUGCUAGAGUUCUAGUUGAGGUAAGAGUUGAUCAGGAGUUUCCCAAUGAAAUAAGGUUUGAAAAUGAGAAUGGUGUGGAAAUUGUUCAAGGAGUGAAGUAUGAAUGUAAACCAAUCUUCUGUAAAGAUUGUGGUGGUAUAGGCCAUACAUUGGAGGAAUGUAGGGCAAAGAAACAAGAAAUUCAGAGAAGAAUGAGUAAGCCAAAGCAGGUCUGGGUGAGAAAAGAAAGUGGAUUAGGAGCUGGUAAUAAUCAACACUUUACUACUGAUGCAGGUAACCUGAAUGAGGCUAAUGACAUCGGAACCUCUGUGGUUCAAGGACAACUGACUACUACAACAGCUAAUCAGCUGCACAAGGAGCAGGUACAACCUGUGGUGCAGAAUAACAAUAAUGAAGUGGGAGGAUGUACUGCAGGUGAUGUAGGCAAGGAGGUGAAUUGGCUGUUUGGGUUCUUGGAAACUAGGGUGAAGGCUGUUAAUUUUGAUAAAGUCUUCCCUAAAAUUUGCAAAGAUUGGAGUAUUGUCACUAAUUAUAGUCAUCAUCCAGGUGGCAGAAUAUGGCUAGCUUGGAUUCCAAGCUUGUUUGUGGUUGAUAUCAGAUGCAUAGGUGAUCAGUAUGUGCAUUGUGAAGUGUUGCAUAGAGCUUCAGGGAGUUUUUUUUGGUUGACCAUUGUGUAUGGUUUAAAUGAUAGAGCUGAAAGGAAAAGACUAUGGAGUAAAUUAUGCCAAAUAAGUAGUAAUUUGCAGGGAGCAUGGAUUGUGAUGGGAGAUUACAACAAUGUCUUGAACCUGGAGGAUAGAAUUGGGUCUGCAGUUACAUUAGAUGAAGUAGGUGAGUUCAGACAAUGUGUUAGAGAUUGUAAGCUAAUGGAGAUGCAGAUGUCUGGCCCUUUCUUUACUUGGUCUAACAAGCAGGAUGGGGAACAUAGAGUGUUUUCAAAGAUAGACAGAGUGUUUGUCAAUGACAUAUGGAUGGACAAAUUUGUUAAUUGCUGUGCUGAAUUCUUGCCUGAGGGGAUUUCAGAUCAUUGCCCUUGUGUGCUUAAACUGGUGAAACAUGUGGUGACUAAGCCUAAAUCAUUUAGGUUUUAUAAUAUGUGGAUGGAGGCUCCUGAGUUUAUGAAUAUGGUGACAGAAGUGUGGAACAGUCCUGUGAAUGGUGUAGCAAUGUAUCAGGUUGUGACUAAGCUUAAAAAGCUGAAGCCUGUGCUUAAAUUACUUAAUAAGAGCAAAUUCUCAGACAUAGAGAAUGAAGCUGCUGCUGCCCUGGUAAAUCUUAUGGAGGUGCAGCUGAAAAUUCAGAAUGAUCCGAGAAACAGUGAGUUACAUAGAGAAGAGGAGGAAAACAGAAUGAAGUAUGCAUUCUUAAAUAAGGCAAAAUUAAGUUUCAUGCAACAAAAGGUGAAGAGUGCUUGGCUUAAGGGUGGGGAUGAUAACACUUCGUAUUUUCAUGCGUGUUUGAGAAAGAGAAGAAUUCAGAAUCAUAUUAGCAGGAUUCAAGAUAGUCAAGGGGUGUGGCAGGAAACUCCUGAGCAAAUAGAGGAGGCAUUUAUUGGUUACUACAAGGUUUUACUAGGCACUGAAGAAGGGAGAAGUAAAGGCGUGAGUAGAACAAUUGUGAAUGAAGGCCCCUUGCUCACUCAGGAUCAAAAGAGUAGUCUGUGUUUGCCUUUUUCAGGAGAGGAUGUGAAGAAAGCUUUAUUUGACAUUGAAGACAAUAAAGCUGCUGGCCCUGAUGGAUUCUCAAGUGGUUUUUUUAAGAAGACCUGGGAGAUCACUGGUCCAGACAUCAUUAAGGCAGUGUUGGAUUUCUUUUCAACAGGAAAGCUUCUCAAACAGGUGAAUGCUACAAAUUUAUGCCUCAUUCCUAAAAGUGAACAAGCUGAAGAUGUUACUAAGUAUAGACCCAUUGCUUGUUGCAAUGUUCUAUACAAAAUUAUUUCUAAAUUGAUGUGUCAGAGACUAAAAGUAGUGCUCCCAUUCAUCAUUAAUCAUGUACAAAGUGCGUUUGUGGAGAGUCGAGUCAUAAUGCAUAACAUCUUCUUAUGUCAAGACUUGAUGAAACAUUAUAAGAGAAAGAAUGGCUCUGCAAGAUGUACCAUUAAGGUAGAUCUUAGAAAAGCGUAUGACUCACUGAAUUGGGAUUUCAUAAAGGAUCUUUUGGUUGCGCUGAAUUUCCCAGACAAAUUUGUUCAUUGGGUGAUGGUAUGUAUUACAACCCCUUGCUUUUCUCUGAAUUUAAUGGAGUAA